AUGGCGCAGUUGUCGCUCCUGGCGGCGCUGUGGGUCCUGCCGUCGUGCGACGUGGGCCUUGCCGCAAGCAGCUGGCUGCUCUUCUUCCUCUUCGCUCGCUUCUUCUUCUCCUCGUGGCUCUUCCGUGACUAUGCCGUGCGCAGCGCCGCCACGCCACUGCUCUUUGCAGCGUCCCUGACGUUCUCGCUCAGCAUCUUCCAGAUGGUCCUCUUCGAAGUCACGGACGUGAUGGGCGUCGCCAGUCGCCAGUGGAUCUGGCGCGUUGAUCUCAUUGCAAUGACGUAUCUCGUGGUGCUCAUCCUGCCGCUCUCGCUCUUUUAUGCGCUCGCGAGAGAGUACGGCGCGGCUAGGAGACAAGCAGCUGCAAGUGCGAGUGCGACGCUGUUGCUGUAUCUGUAUGGCUUUUGGAAACUGGGUCGAGUCCUGGAACAAGAUCUGCCGCAUCAGUCAGUUGAAGCGUUGUUCUCCAUUCGAAACUUUGUGAGUCGCGUGAGUCUACUUGGUGUCGUGUUCAUGGCGCUCUUGUCGGGCUUUGGGGCCGUCAACUGCCCGUACGAGUACAUGACUUUCUUCUGGCGUCGAGUGGCAGAAGAAGAUAUUGAGUUUCUCGAAAAGCGGCUGCGGCAUAAUCUGGAUAUCCUGAUCGUCAAGAAGAAGCGGCUGAUACUGGAAUUGAGAGCGUCGGGGAGGAGACAAGACGAUGCUCUGGCAAGUGGAGGCAAGACUGACUCGUUCAUUUCGUGGACACUGAGGUUGUUUGCGUCCAGAAAAGACGACACGACGUACAUUAAAGGGCUGGAGGCAGAGAUCUUGACGCUCGAGAGUCUGGGACGUGAGCUGUUCUUGGAAGUAAAUGACCUCCGAGACGCGCAGGCAAGAUCGCUGCGCGCUCGCACGUUGCGGGGUCGAGUGUUCAACUGUUUUGGCUACGCGAUGUCUGCCUUUUGUGUGUACAAGAUGUUGAUGAGCACGAUAAAUGUGGUCUUUCAUCGAAAUCGCGACAAGGAUCCGAUCACUGACGUUGUCGAGAAGCUGCUGUAUAUUUGGCCGUCACUGGCGGAGCAGCUGAAUAUCCGCUUCGUGUCGGAGGUGGCUUCGCUUGGCUUCGUCGGUAUUCUUGUCUUCACCCAGACACGAGGCUUCUUGGUGACGCUACUGAAGUUUUUUCGCACCUAUUCAAGCACCGUGUCAUCGAACAGCGUCGUACUCUGGCUAGCACACCUCAUGGGAAUGUAUUUCGUCUCCUCGUUUGUCCUCAUGCGAAUGAAUCUCAGCCCGCUGCACCGUCAGCGAAUCGACGAAGUGCUUGGCGAAAUCGAGUUCAACGUCUUUCAUCGGUAUUUCGACAUGAUGUUUGUCGUAAGUGCUUCCUGCAGCCUCGGCGUGCUAGCGCUGACCAAGUUUUCCAAGGCCUCACGCACGGCCGUUAAUGACUACGGCGUGCACGACAAGUUUCCGUGA